UAGGAAGAAUGGAAGCUUCAUACGCUGCUAGCGCUGCCGUUGCUCUAACUCUGCCGCCGAUGACCUCGUCUCCAGGUUACCUGCUCCGAAGGUUUCGGGAGUAUCAGAGCAACGACGUCAUCGUGGCCCAUUACAACUUUACGGGAAAGCUGAAAGAGAACAAAUACCAGGAUGGACUGAAACCCGAGGCCAUUGCGUUUCUCAUCAUUUGUCUUCUCAUUGUGGUGGAAAAUGCCGUCGUUCUGGUGGCAAUAUGGAAGAACAAAAAAUUCCACAUGCCCAUGUACUACUUGCUGGGCAACUUGACGCUGUCUGACUUGCUAGCAGGCUUCACUUACAUGGUGAACAUCAUAACUUCGGGGGCAAACACUCUCAAAAUGACUCCAGUACUGUGGUUUCUUAGAGAAGGCGGUGUGUUUAUCACUCUUUCUGCGUCCGUCAUCAGUCUCCUGGCAAUAGCUAUCGAGCGGCAUGUCACGAUGGUCCGGAUGAAGCCGUAUCAAGGGGCCAAGCGUGGCCGAAUGUUCGGUUUGAUUGGUGCAAGUUGGGUCCUGUCAGUGCUCCUCGGCAUUCUCCCCAUCACGGGCUGGAAUUGCAUAGGAAACCUGGACGAAUGCUCCACCAUCCUGCCUCUUUACGCCAAGAGCUUCAUCCUCUUCUGCAUUACCGUGUUUACCCUGGUGCUGCUGUCCAUCGUGGUGCUCUACGUGCGCAUCUUCCGCAUAGUGAAGUCCAACACCCAGCGCUUAGGCUGCGCUCCUCAGCGCAAAGGUAUGGCGAGGAAGUCCCAGAAGUAUCUGGCUCUGCUGAAAACGGUCACCAUUGUUCUCGGCGUCUUCAUCGCCUGUUGGCUGCCGCUCUUUGUGCUCCUUCUGCUGGACUUCUGCUGCCCUGCUCAAGGAUGCGAGGUGCUGCUCAAGGCGGACUACUUUCUGGGCAUCGCCAUGAUCAACUCGCUUCUAAAUCCCAUCAUUUACACCCUAACUAGUAAAGACAUGCGGAGAGCCAUUCUGAGACUUGUCUGCAGCUACUGUCUGCUAACAAAAGACGGACAAGUGAAGAAGUUCGGCAUGCCUUUCCUGGACUGUAGCACCAGUAAGGCAGAGGUGCCGUCACACAGACUUGAGGGCCUGGAGACGACGGUCUCCUCUGGGAACAUCACACCAUCCACUAUUAAAGCCAUCUACCCCAGGAUAUUAAAGAGCUGAGGAAGAAGAAUGCAUUAAGUUCCAUCGGACACAGUCCAACUUCUCCUGGUUCGGUUUGAAUAUUUAUAAAACUGCCAAGUAAAAAAGUCUGAGGUGGUUAGAAAUGAAAGCAGGAGAAGUUGGAGAUGGAACUCAAGAAUGAAAAUUUGGGACUUGAUUUCCUUCACAUGCAUUAAAGCAAAACAUGAGGCUGCCUGAGAGCGUGGGAGAUCAGACAAGUGGAAUUUUCUUACUGUGACGAAUACCAAUGUUUAAAAUGGACGUUCUGCAAGACAAGAGCUACGGUCGGUCUCUUGUUCAAAAUAGGAUUUUUAAACUGCAAAUUACAAACAGUUAUACAGCGAACUGAGCAAAAGCGCAAAAAUCCUUUGAAAAGAACUCUUGUGAUGUUAUACGAGUCUCGUAUGUGCCAUUCCAGAAAUAAUGAGCUUGGGUAACGAGUCAUUUUCACCUUCAAAUAACAGAUGAAAUGUUCAGAGACUGUGGUGAAAAGACGCAAAGAAAAUGACGGGUUGAUGCCUCCACACACAAGGACGUUAGUCCUCGGGAACUUUACGAAUACAUAUGCACACAAAUAAAAACUGCAAGGCAUGUGACUAUUUUUAAUCUGUAAGAUCAUGUUUCCUCUUACAAUCGUAUUUUUUGGGAAAUACACUCUUAGAAGAAAAGGUUCUAUAUAGAAGCUUAAAGGGUUCUGUCGGGCGCUUCAUAUAUAGAACCUUUUAGGAGGUCUUAUCAUGGGAUAAUUUGAAUUACUUUUGUAAUUAAAUUCAUAAAA